AACGAAAUGACUCCAAUCGAUAAAACAACAAUUACUAUCAUCGAUAGCAUCGGUACAGUGGUGUUCUUCAGCACCGUGUUGCUGUCAUGUCGCUAGAACAGCAUAAUGCAUUUGUAAGAAGCCGACGAACAGUUCGCAGUGUGUUACAAAAUUAUUUCAAUCAAAACUCACCUGACACUGACAAUUUUCUUCUACUCCACUCCCCCAAAAUCUUAUCACGUGCUACUCAGAUCAUCUCUCCAAGGAAAUACUCCUGCACAGGCAUGGGAGCAUAAAAUCCAUGGAAGUCAACAAAUAGCACAUAGUGGUGAAAAUAUAUGCCAUUGAAUCAUCAGCAAAAUGUAUCAACUCUCUCCAAUUAACUUGCGGAAUUAUCCGGUUAUGUAAAGAAGAACAUAUCGAAGUGGAACAAGACAAACAAAACGUGUAAUUAAAUUAUAAAUCCAUCAAUUUUUACGUCAAAUCUAUGGUCCAUUAUUUCUCAAAUGAAAUCGACCAUGUCGUCCCCAUACAAAAUGGAGUUGAGUUUGCGAAAAAUAGCGAUGAUGCAGACAGCGAUAAAUUGCUGGGAGCAACAUCAAAUAAAGAGUAAAAUAAAAGAUUUCUUCUUGAAACACGACAGCUAUACAAUUUGUCGUAGAGAAGCUGAAGAAAAGACUGAGUGGACCUGUGAAAUACUAGAAAAUGUGCGAAAACAGAGACUUCUUCCAGACUCAAUGAGAGACGAGAUGACAUACAUGAUAACGUCUAUUGGAGAUCGAAUGAUAGAAUGGUUGAAGUACAUCACAGAGAGACUGGAAGGAUCGAGACACAGAACUGCAGCACUUGAGCAUUACCUGGACAAUAUUUUCUGGACAAAUUAUGGAACCAUCGAUGCAGUGAGAAUAUUCAAGUCCUUGUGCGUUGAUGGAAAAGUCACUGAUAUACCUUACAUGUACGAGGAGGCAUGCAAUUACUGUCUCGAGGAGGACAUUGCGAGUUUCUGGAAGAAGUCCUCUUUGGAGGACAGAGAUGCUAUUUCAUGGAAGAGCCGAUGGAACAUCGGAGAUGACUGCAAUGUUCAUUUAUUGGUCUAUUGGAGAUGGUACAUAUCAGACAGGAAAUCUCAUUUAUUUAUCAAAUCAUCAUCUCCCCACAAUUACGAUGAAAUUUAUGACUUCAAUCAUUCCGCUAAGGAGAAUACAUUCAAAUUGUCGGCCAUCGGUGGUUACGAUGUUGCUGUCAAGUAUUUUUAUCAUCAACUGAGUGACGACGAGAAGAGCAGAAAUUUGGUUGAGACCACUCUAACUUUACUGAGCGAUAAAAUAUUACCGAGAGUUAAAUCCGCGGAGGAGGAUUACACCAGGAGGUACAUUGAUAUUCUAGUGUUUCUGAUGCAGCAGAUGACAACAGCACAGAGAACUGAAUUAUUGAAGAGAUAUAAGAAUGAUAUACUCAAGAUGUUGUUGACAAAUUGGCCUUGGCAAGCACUAUUUAUUCCUACACUUGAUUUAACUUGGGAGUAUUUAUCAACUCAUGAUUUUAGAUUACUUAUAAUGGCUAUUAUAGAUGCUAUUCUGGAUGAGUAUGAAUUACGAGAUAUUAAGGAUACGACAACUCAAUGUAUUUUAUUUGAGACUUGGGACAAAGCACCAUCGGCACUUAAGAAAGGUAUAUUUAGGGAAUGCUGGCAGUUUUUUGACAAGUGUCUGAGAAUAAUGCAAGAUAUAACGUUCACUAAAUACGUUAUUAAUGAUCCUGACUUGAAAGAGUACAGACAAGAGCUGUUAGAUGAUGGUCGAGACUUCUAUUACUAUCUCAUCAUCGAGGAUAAAUACCAUGUUGUUGAGAAAUUCAUGAACGAGGUGUUGUACACCGACGAAGAGAGAAAAAUUUUCAAGAGUAAAAUUGAUUCGUUUCAUAUUUGUGAGUACUUUAUUCUGAAAUGUCAGUACUGCUCGGCAGAUAAAUACUCGAAUUGGCAGUUCAAUACGCCCGAGGAAAGAAUACAUUUUAAGAAUAUUUCAAAAUCAAGUGCAACAUGCAUUUCAAUUUUUUGCGACAUUUGGAAAGAAAAUGACUCGAUUGCACAGGCCAAAAAGGAGAGUGAAAUUUUUUUCAGAUGGUUUCUUUAUGAUGAAAAAGACAGGAAAAAUCUGAAAAAUCAACUGCUGGAGAGUAUGAAAUUUUUGAAAAUGUUGAUUCGUCUUCUUCGAAGCUCCAAUGAGAAUAAAGCUAAGGAAUUUCUAGAGUACUGUCAAUUUACGGAGGAGGAAAUUGACAGACUGAAAUCCCAAAUUUCCGACAACGUCAGAGCAGAGGAAAUUGAGAUAAAGCAUAGGGCGGAAGAGAACAUCCUGAUCGUAGAAUUCCAUCCUCGUUCUCUCUACCAUUGAUUUUUCGUGAUUGGAAUGAAUUUUCUGUACAUAAUAUUAUUCCAAAAUUCAUGGACAACUACUGUGUUAAUGUAAAAUGAUAGGUGUAUAGAUAGCAUUAAAUUGUGGUAGACUAUAGUCUUUUUAUGAAUGAAUCAAGAAUACGGAAGAUAGAGAGCCGGCUGGAUAAAGAAUUCAGAAGCGAAAUCGGUAAAUCGGCUUCAUGGCGAAUGGAGUUAAAUUGAUAGUGACUUUUGGUCUAUUUGUGAUGAAUAUCUCGGACUCUGAGAGUGAUUUAUAACCGUCGGUUGGCCCUACAAAAAAGGUAUUGACAAAAAAUUUUCUAUUUUUUUUUAUUUUGAGAUAAUCGUUGAUAAUAAAAAUUGACUUAGCUUGGUGUACCACUCUACUAAUGAAUCAAUUAUGUAGUCAAGUUGUGGACAGUGUAGUGAGUGGUUUUAGUCAUUAUGCUUUUAAAUUAUUUUAAAUCAUCGAAAUUUUAUUGAAUAUAUUCAGAGCUAUUUAUUGUGAUGCAGAGUUCACUAGUGCAGUAUUUCCGUUUGCGUUGAAAAUAUGUCGACGACGAAGAGCUUUGUCGCUGAGGACAUUAUCAUGGAUGCAAGAAAAUAUUUCUCUAACAAACUAAUUCAAAGAUUCAGACAUUACGAAAUCAUCACCGUGAAAUUGUAAGAUAUCUACAAGGUUACAAAAUGAGUAAUCGAAAUGUGAAGACCACGGAAAGACAAUUUUGUCUUCCAAUUUAUUUUGUAUGACUGCUAUAUUCGAAUGCGUGGAAUGAUGGAGAAAUGCGAUGAAGUUUAGCUGGUUUUUAUGAAGGAAGAUAUUGUGUAAUUAUUUUAAUGAUGUCACGCUGUAAAUGUAAAUGUGUGGAAAAACGUCCUAAAAUUUUUACUCGAAAUUCGGUUUUUUAGUCAGAUGAACAGAGCAAUUACUCAAUGAUUGGGACUAAUUUCAGUUUCCUCGGACCAUAUAAAAUUAAAAAAUCACAGGCCUGGAGCUAUGAGCGCUUCCACAUCUUCAAAAAUAUUUUUGAUCAGCUGGAAGAUCCAUGCACUAGAUCUAAUUACACAAAAAAAAUACAAAAAUAGCAAAAAUAGCAAAAAAGCUUUAAAUGCAAACCAUCAAGUUAUUCUCCAAAAACCCCUCACCACCGAAUUUUUUAAAUUAGUGUACGCCAUCAUUAUGUUAGCUAAAUAACCAAUUUUUCUUGUAAAAAGAUGAUCAUCUGAAAAGUGAUAUGAUAAUUGAUAUGAAAAAUGAACAGAAAGCUUUUAUGUUAACAAUUUUGCGACUGCCAGAGGAAAUACGGGACUCAUAACAUUGUAAAUGACAAAAUUCAGUAAUUUCUUUCAUAAAAAAAUGUGUAUUUCAAUGAGUAUCAUUAUAAAGCUAAUCUAUGUCUUAAAUAGUAAGUGUUGUACCUAAUGUCGUCAGUUAGAUGAUACACAGUCUAUUGGAUAAAUCGUUUAAAAAAUUGGAACAA